UUGGGGGCCCAGGCGCAGAGGGCGGGGACGAGGGGUAGAAGUCGGAUUUGGUAGAAGGGGCAGUUGUAGGGGGAGGGCCAGGGGGCAAAGCUGCUGUAGCGACACUGGGGACGAGUCGAUCGAUUCCAAGAGAUGCGACAGUUGGGGGCAGAUGUAGGGAUGGGACGGGGGUCAGGUACAGGGGAGGCUGCUUAGAGGAUAGAGGCUUUAGGGCUGCUUUGGGACCUGAGCCUGGGGAAGUACCAAGAGGCGGCUAAGAUAUAGGGGGCGGGGCUGUGCGGGCGGAUUCCUCGAGGGGUGGGGCAGCAGCAUCCUAGAGGCUGAGAGGAAGGUUCUGCCUUGGAGAAUUGCGGCCUUUGGGAAGAAGCAAGGAGUGUGAAACUAUGGGAUAGAAAGGAGGGAAGUUUCAGUCAAAGCUAAUGGAAAAAUGAAGACAAGACAGGAGAUAAGGAUGAGGAGAAAGGUAGAGGAGCAAGUUUUUCAUCACAUUCCUCAAAAGGGGUCUAAGACAAAGCCUCGUAUGAAGGGAAGAAUUGUGGAGUGUUAGCAAGGCCUGCCGGUGGCAAGGUCUAGAGAUUCACAGAAGGGAGUCCUUUAAGGAGAGGAGACUGCUUCUACUACUAGGCAGUGUCCCGAGCGUAAUCACAUCUGAGGAUAUCUCACCCAACCUUAAACCGCUGGGUUCAUGCCCCUGCCUCCUGGCCUUGUUUUGCCCUUUGAAAUGGAGGCCCAGUCCUGGGAAGGCUUGAGGUCCAGCCAUUGGGCCCAGCUACCUCUAAAGGAGCUGGAGAUUCUGUGUCCUGGUUUGGGGGCUUCCCCCUCAUCCUCUCAGGCCUCAGUUUAGAAGUUUGCCCUCUCCUCUUAUACCCUUGUAGGUGUGUGUGUGUGUGUAAUCACUUAUUUUCCCUAAGUAGGAGAAAAGCAAGAUAAUAGUUCUUGGCAGUUGGCAUUAACAGGCAGGUACCUGGACAGAGUAAUUCACUGUUACCCCUGCCCCUCCAGUUUUUGUCCUGUUUCCCUCCUGGAAAAAUAGGAUUAAGAGAAGGUAGUUAUGUAAAUGAUGCUAAGAAAGGAUUUGGGGGAGUUAUGAACAUUGAACCCAGACCACAGAUGCUUCACAGACUUGGGAAAAAUAGCAGAGGUAGAUUGAAGUGUUUGGGAGGGAUGGGCUUUGGGGUACAAUCCUCUGGUCACCUAGCCCCUUUCUUCCUGAAUCCUCUCUUUUCUCCCUCCUUCCUCUCUCCUGUCCUCUUUCCAGGAGGCUGGGAUGGGUCUUAGAGUCUGAGAAAAAGCAGGAGAGGAGAUAAUAGGUUAAAGAAGAGUCCAGUCUAGAGAUGGAUGUAGGAGUCUGUGGUAGACUCAGGGGUGUGUCUGUGGAUGCCCCUGACCCCACUCUAGUCAACUUUCAGGCAUGGGGAGAUAGGGUUGCUCAAGCUUUGGGGUUGGGAUGGUAGUGGUGGUGAGGCUGACCUACGGGUUGCUAAGAUGGGACAUACCUUUGGCCAGUUGGCUGCCUGGCAGUAAUUUCACUAGCUACAAAGCAUCUUUCUCAUCAGUGCUGGAGGGAAAGAGUCACUGUCCGACUGGUAGCUCAGCCCAUGCUCUUGGCAGGACAGACCUGGAUUCUCAGGCUUCUCUGGUUUUCUACACAGCACAUGGUGAUGAGUUUCCGGGUGUCUGAGCUUCAGGUGCUUCUUGGCUUUGCUGGCCGGAACAAGAGUGGACGGAAACACGAGCUUCUGGCCAAAGCCUUGCACCUCCUCAAGUCCAGCUGUGCUCCCAGUGUCCAGAUGAAGAUCAAAGAGCUUUACCGCCGACGCUUUCCCCGGAAGACCCUGGGGCCCUCUAAUCUCUCCCUGCUCUCUCUGCCACCUGGCACCUCUCCUGUAGGCUCCCCUGGUCCUCUAGCUCCUAUUCCCCCGGCCCUCUUGGCUCCUGGUACCCUGCUGGGCCCCAAGCGUGAGGUGGACAUGCAUCCCCCUCUGCCGCAGCCUGUGCACCCAGAUGUUACCAUGAAACCAUUGCCUUUCUAUGAAGUCUACGGGGAGCUCAUCCGGCCCACCACCCUUGCAUCCACUUCUAGCCAGCGAUUUGAAGAAGCGCAUUUUACCUUUGCCCUCACACCCCAGCAAGUGCAGCAGAUCCUUACAUCCAGAGAGGUUUUGCCAGGAGCAAAAUGUGAUUAUACCAUACAGGUGCAGCUAAGGUUCUGUCUCUGUGAGACCAGCUGCCCCCAGGAGGAUUAUUUUCCCCCCAACCUCUUUGUCAAAGUCAAUGGGAAACUGUGUCCCCUGCCGGGUUACCUUCCCCCAACCAAGAAUGGGGCUGAGCCCAAGAGGCCCAGCCGCCCCAUCAACAUCACACCCUUGGCUCGACUGUCAGCCACUGUUCCCAACACCAUCGUGGUCAAUUGGUCAUCUGAAUUUGGACGGAAUUACUCCUUGUCUGUGUACCUGGUGAGGCAGUUGACUGCAGGGACUCUUCUACAAAAGCUCAGAGCAAAGGGUAUCCGGAACCCAGACCACUCCAGGGCACUGAUCAAGGAAAAAUUGACUGCUGACCCUGACAGUGAAGUGGCCACUACAAGUCUCCGGGUGUCACUCAUGUGCCCGCUAGGGAAGAUGCGCCUGACAGUCCCUUGUCGUGCCCUCACCUGCGCCCACCUUCAGAGCUUCGAUGCUGCCCUUUAUCUACAGAUGAAUGAGAAGAAGCCAACGUGGACAUGUCCUGUGUGUGACAAGAAAGCUCCCUAUGAAUCUCUCAUCAUUGAUGGUUUAUUCAUGGAGAUUCUUAAUUCCUGUUCGGACUGUGAUGAGAUUCAGUUCAUGGAAGAUGGAUCCUGGUGCCCAAUGAAACCCAAAAAGGAGGCAUCUGAGGUUUGCCCCCCACCAGGGUAUGGGCUGGAUGGCCUCCAGUACAGCCCAGUGCAAGAGGGAAAUCCAUCAGAGAAUAAGAAGAAGGUUGAAGUCAUUGACUUGACAGUAGAAAGCUCAUCAGAUGAGGAGGAUCUGCCUCCGACCAAGAAGCACUGUUCUGUCACAUCCGCUGCAAUCCCAGCCCUACCUGGAAGCAAAGGAGGCUUGACGUCUGGUCACCAGUCAUCCUCGGUGCUGCGGAGCCCUACUAUGGGCACAUUGGGUGGGGAAUUCCUGCCAGGUCUCCCACUCCAUGAGUAUCCACCUGCCUUCCCACUGGGAGCGGACAUCCAAGGUUUAGAUUUAUUUUCUUUCCUUCAGACUGAGAGUCAGCACUAUGGUUCCUCCGUCAUCACCUCGUUAGAUGAACAGGAUGCCCUUGGCCACUUCUUCCAGUACCGGGGGACCCCUUCCCACUUUCUGGGCCCACUGGCCCCCACUUUGGGGAGCUCUCACCGCAGUUCCACUCCAGCACCUCCUCCUGGCCGUGUCAGCAGCAUUGUAGCCCCUGGACGGGCCUUGAGAGAGGGGCAUGGAGGACCCCUGUCCUCAGGUCCCUCUUUGACUGGCUGUCGGUCAGACAUCAUUUCCUUGGACUGAAUUCCUUGGAUUAUGGAAACUUCACUGCCCCCCAACACUGAGCAAGUAUGCUGUGGAGUCCGGACCCCUGGCUACUCUGACUCCUCACAGGGGUUUUGGCCAAAGGCCGAAUAGACCUUCAUGGAUGCUUACUUCUGGCCUCUUCUCUGCCUAACAAGGCUAGCACCCAAAGGGUUAAUAUUUUAACCUCUUUUUAAGGACAUUAGGGUCUAUUUUUGGAAAUGUUCUUUAGAUGGUGGCACAUUCCUUUGGGUAUGUUAACUUGGGCAGUGGGAGGCAAAUGGGAUGGGAUGUGAAGUGGAGGAAGGGCCGAAUCCUCAGCCUUGACUAUGUCUAGAGCCUUUUGGAGAAGGGGUCCCUGUUUUGUCCCUCAGAUGCCCUCUUUCCCCAAACCCCAAACCAUGGCUCUGUUUCUUCUCUUAUGUCCAUUGUGUCCUCAUGGUCAUUCCAUUCCCUUUGACCACACAGACAGAUGGAGAAAUUGAGAUAGGCAGUUUCAGAGAUGACAGAGAACUUUAUUUUGGGUUGUGGAUUUUUUGUACAUAAACAAGAAAAAUCAAAAUACUCCAAAGAUGACUUCCCUGCCUCUGACUUCCAGUAUGACUGAGGAAGAGAUAAGACCUUAGCCAUGUGACCCCCAAGGGUUUGGGGCAGGACCAGCCUAUUGCCUGGGUCUCUAUUUAUAUAUUUAAGUUCACAAUGUUUCUUAUGCCAACGGGCGUGGGACCUAAGCUUCUAGAGGCCCGUGGCCUUGUGGUUAGGCCUGGCUUAUUCUGCACCUUUCUGGGGAGGUGGUGGACUCCUGUGCCCUCCUUUCCAAUCUCCUUUUCAGGCUUCUCUAGGGCCCAGGAUCUAUGCUGUAAUUUUACUUUUUCCCAAAGUUGUAGCAAAGUUCUCACCCAUAAUAAAGAUUGUGAAUGUUCUGUGU